CCUCUUUCCUUUUUGUAGAUGAACCAGGAAGUAAAGUUUGAGCUGCUUGUGGCUGUCGGGUUUCCUAUUAGCAGAAGAGCAAAGAAGGAACUUGAGCAGGAUAGGGGAGAAAUAGGGAAUUGCAGGUGCAGCGGGGUGACCAUGACGACGUUAAUUCACCGGGGCCGGCGCGCAGACGUUGGCCGGAAUGCUGACAAGCGGGCAGACAGUGAGGAGGACCCGGUGCUAGACAAGACUCUGGGGGAGGAAGACCCCGGAGACUCCAAAGACAUCCGACUCACCCUCAUGGAGGAAGUCCUGCUCCUGGGGCUGAAGGAUAAAGAGGGCUACACGUCUUUCUGGAACGACUGCAUUUCCUCAGGCCUGCGCGGUGGCAUCCUCAUUGAGCUGGCCAUGAGAGGGAGGAUACAGCUGGAGCCGCAGACCAUGAGGAAAAAACGGCUGCUGGACCGGAAGGUGCUCCUGAAGUCGGAUGCCCCGAGCGGGGACGUGCUGCUGGACGAGACGCUGCGCCACCUCAAAGCCACUGAGCCUGCCGAGACCGUGCAGACCUGGAUCGAGCUGCUCACAGGCGAAACCUGGAACCCCUUCAAGCUGCAGUACCAGCUCCGCAAUGUCCGUGAGCGGAUUGCCAAGAACCUGGUGGAGAAGGGGAUCCUGACCACCGAAAAGCAGAACUUCCUCCUCUUCGACAUGACCACCCACCCGGUCACCAACACCACGGAGAAGCAGCGCCUGGUGAAGAAGCUCCAGGAGAGCGUGCUGGACAAGUGGGUGAACGACCCGCACCGCAUGGACAGGAGGACACUGGCGCUGCUGGUCCUGGCCCACGCCUCCGAUGUGCUGGAGAACGUCUUCGCCAGCCUGGUCGACGAGAAGUACGACGUGGCCAUGAACCGGUCCAAGGACCUGCUGGAUAGGGACCCCGAGGUGGAAGCCGCCAAGGGGACCGGCACGGAGAUGAUAUGGGCUGUGCUGGCGGCCUUCAACAAGUCCUAGGCCGUCCCUCGGGGGCAGAUGGGCCCGAGCCGGCGCCGCCCUGCCUCUUCGGGAGUGAUGAACCUCUUGCUCUGUGGAACCUUCCCGUCUCUUGGCGGUGGCGCUGGGCACUCCCUCUCGCCACGGCCGCCCCUCCGACAGGGCAGCCCUCGGCCCAGCGGGCAGCCUCCGGUUUCGGGAGCGCCUCCCCCUUCGGCUCCACCACCACCUCUCGCUUGGACUCGGGGAUUGGAUAGAGCGCAGGAAAGAGCAAGGGCGGUUGUGUGUCUCUCCUCGGCCCCCACAACCUCCCCUCCCCAUUUCCUAAGUUAAAAUGAAGGCCUGUGUCAGCUAGAAAUAGACUGCACCCCCUCUCUUUGAUUUCACAUCCUCUUUUCGAUGUUUUAGGCGAGGAAUGAAGUAUUUUUGUUCUGUUUUGUUUUUUAAUCUCGUCAGUCCAACCUCCGUUUCACCCUGUCUUGUUUUCUCAAUCCAAGUUCGUCCCGAUUCUUCUUGUGCUGUUCUCUUUGUGUUGAUUGGGGAAGACCAUUACAGCACAGGGUCUCUAUGCAA